AUGCUAACGUUAGCAGAUAAGGACAAUCGUGUUAUUUCUCCUCCAUUCCGUGUUUUACCAACUCCACAGGAGUUUCCUCUCUACUAUGAACACAUUAAAAAACCAAUUGAUAUUCGGAAAAUUUCUGAAAAUGUUCGUGCAGGCAAAUACCAGACAUGGGAGGCCUUGAAAGAUGAUGUUCAACUAAUGUGCAAAAAUGCGCGUGAUUUUAAUGAACCUGGCUCAACAGUGCAUAAGGAUGCAAAUACUCUGCUGCGACAUUUCAAACAUAGAUCUGUCGAGUUGGCUGAAGCACGUCGUUUCAGUCCCAGAGUAAUUUCUCGUAACGCUGAAAUAAUUGAUGAGCUUUUAAAUUCAAUAGAAUCAGAGGUUAAUGAUUUUAGUGAGGAUUCUGAGGAAGAUGAAGAUUCUGAACGUAGCGACGAUCCACGUUGGCGUCUAUACUGGGCCAUUCGUAAUUAUGAUGUAGUAGAUGGCAACUUCAUAGAAUUGCCAUGUAAACGGAGCUAUCCAGAUUAUUACGAGGAAAUAGAGCGUCCAUUGUCUCUUUACAUGAUAAAUAAGUUAUUAAAACGUGGCCAUUAUGCUAAUCUUGAUGCUCUUGUAAAAGACUUGUUACUGAUGUUUGAUAACGCGAUGAAUUAUAAUAUUGAAGAAUCAGGAAUUUAUCAAGCCGCAGUUCGUUUUCGCCAUUUAACGCUCAAAGCUGCUAAAGCCUUAAGUGUUAGUGAUAGAAGUAACGGGAAUGUUCUGUCCUGCAACACUGACUCUGAUGAAAUCAACAAGAUUUCAUCUUCAUCAAAAAAAGGUUUGUGUAAUAACGAAAAAUUUAUUUUUAUUAAUAUUUCAGAAAAAGUCACUAAUUCAGGGGAUCGUGUGCAUAAUGGAUUUACUUCAACAGAAAAGAAAAUUAUUCUAUCGCAUUCCAACAGUGAGCCACACCAACAAGAUCAGACUGAUGAACAAACUGGUCAACAAUCUGAUCCAAAAAUCUUUUCAUGUACAGCUUCAACAUCCUCAUCUGUUCAACAUAAUUUUCUGAAUUCAACUAAUCACUCAAUUAUGAUUUCUAAAUCUUCUCAGCAAACUGGGAAUAAUGUGCCUUCAACGGUUGUAUCAUCUCAAAAAUAUUUUAACCAAGGUUCGUCUUCUCUGGCUAAAUCACCAAUUUUACAAUCUCACUUAUUUACUUCUACUACCGCCGGAAAAAAUAUCAUGGAAAAUGGUUUUCAAAACUCUCAACGCAAACAAAGGGCAUAUUCACCCAGCACUUUUUUCCCUAAUCAAUCAGCUUCUACUUCACUUAAUCACCAAAAUUUAGCGGACACCGGCCGGAUGUUUGUUUCAACGACACCAAAACAAAUGCCUAUAGAACCCAUGUUUGUUUCACCUUCUACGUCAAUUCAUGUUCGAAGAGUAGUCCAUUCAGAAGCAUAUAUUAGGUAUCUCGAAUCGAUGCACAGUUCAGGAUCUGGUAGGCAGCAACGUAAUAUAAGUAAAUGGGACAAAACAUUAUUGGCCUCAGCAAGGAACACUGUUGUGCCAGAACAUAAACGAUUACCCUACGAGUGGAUUAGGGUUGUUCGUGCACUUUGGAAGCUUCGAGACCAUAUAAUAGAAGAUACUACUGGAAUUGCAAGAAGUCAAGGAACUCCCAAUCAGACAGAUUCUGACCCGCCUUCGGUGCCGGCGGUACGAAAAGGAAGACCACCAAAAAACGCCAAUACAGCCAACAAAAAUACUUGA